CCCGAAACAGCAGUACCUGCGGCGCCCGUUCGCCUCCCGCCCCGCGCCGCUCGCUAGGUUAUUUCAUGGGACGAGCACUUAAGAGAACGAGAAAGGAUUGAAGCACUAUGGAAAACAGACCAUGUGGUUUUCCGAAAUGAGGAGAGAUGCAGCCAUCUGAAAUGGUCAUGAAUCCCAAACAAGUCUUCUUCUCGGUGCUGAUCUUUGGAGUGGCAGGACUAGUCCUCUUCAUGUAUUUGCAAGUCUGGAUUGAAGAACAACACACAAGGAGAGUGGAGAAGAAAAGGGAACCAAAAGCAACUUCAGGAUGGAGGCCAGUAAAUUACUUGCAGCCUGUAUCCAGAAUCAUGACUAGAGAGAAAAUCCAGGAACAUAUCUCCAACCAGAACCCGACGUUCCACAUGCCUGAGGAUCCCAACGAAAAAAAGGAAAAUCUUCUACUUAACUCUGAGAGAUCUAGUAGGGUCUUAACAGAGACCAGUCCCUCACAAGGAGAGGGUCAACCUCUGGGUCUGACCACAAAGUCACCAACCAUUAAGUUGAUUGAAAAACAUCAAGAAACGAAGACCCUUUUCAAGAAGUUCGGGGAAAUUAAUUGGCCAUUGGACAUUCACCUUUUAAACAGAAGUUUAGUCAAAGACAACAAAUGGAGGAGGGCUGAGGCAGCCCAAGAGAAACGCAAGUCUUUCCUUCGGGAGUUUUGCAAGAAAUAUGGUGGAGUGAGUCAUGCUCAGUCACACCUUUUCCACAUGGUAUCCAGGAUCUAUGUGGAAGAUAAACACAAAAUCUUAUAUUGUGAAGUACCAAAGGCUGGCUGUUCCAACUGGAAAAGGAUUCUCAUGGUACUGAAUGGACUGGCUCCUUCAGCAUACAACAUCUCCCAUGAUGCUGUUCACUAUGGGAAGCAUUUGAAAAAGCUGGACAGCUUUGACUUAAAAGGGAUAUAUACUCGUCUGAAUACCUACACCAAAGCUGUGUUUGUUCGUGAUCCCAUGGAAAGAUUAGUGUCGGCAUUUAGGGACAAAUUUGAACACCCCAAUAGUUAUUACCAUCCAGUAUUUGGAAAAGCAAUUAUAAAGAAAUAUCGGCCAAAUGCCUGUGAAAAAGUGUUAAAUAAUGGAUCUGGAGUCAAAUUCAAAGAGUUUGUUCACUACUUGCUCGAUUCCCAUCGUCCAGUAGGAAUGGACAUUCACUGGGAAAAGGUCAGCAAACUCUGCUAUCCGUGUUUGAUCAACUAUGAUUUUGUUGGAAAAUUUGAAACUUUGGAAGAAGAUGCCAAUUACUUUUUACAGCUGAUUGGUGCUCCAAAGGAGCUGAAAUUUCCAAACUUUAAGGAUAGACACUCCUCUGAUGAAAGAACCAAUGCUCAGGUCGUGAGACAGUAUUUAAAGGACCUGACUAGAACUGAAAGACAAUUAAUCUAUGACUUUUAUUACUUGGACUAUUUGAUGUUUAAUUAUACAACUCCAUUUUUGUAGUCUGCAUUCAUUUUCUGAAACACUGUAUUUCCUUCAUGAUGAUGGUCUUGAAUCAGCUAACUGUAAUUUUCCUAUAAUUCUCUGUAUGAGAGAAAUUUAACUAAAUGCAGUCGUCUUGAUUUAAUGAAGACUUUUUCCAAAUAGUAUGACACCAAUUGGCACAAAGUUAUAGGAAAAUUACCUAACAUAGAUAUGUAAACAACUUGAGUUGCUCUAAAAUGUUUGGAAAAGAGCUGCCUUUGCAUUAUGGAUUAUAUUAUAGAAGCAGUAAUCUAGCCAGCUGCUGCAACAGCCUCCCACAAUGACAGAAAAGGGGUCUAAAAUAGCAUAAGUGAAUGUCUUCAUCCUGAGAUUUGUUGCAUAAAGUGCAUGGAUAUAUUUUUAGUAGUCUGUGGCAUAUUAAUCAAACAUUGGAUAGUUUUCUGACACCUUGAAAAUCUUUCUAUUAACUGCAAUGAUAAAUCAAUUUUGAA